AUGACGAGUUCUCGGUGGAAGAACGACAUGGGUUACGGCGAAGAAGCACUUCGUCGGAGAAACCGGUACCGUGUCGUUCGGAAAUUGCGAGAGCGCUCGAGGUCCAAGGUGGGCAGUUUCGACGAUGCCCUGGAAGAGGUGGGCUCGUACGGCCGUUGGCAGAGGCUCAUCCUCUGGUUGAUCGUCUUCCCGGCUUGCAUCCCGUGCGGGCUCCACGCCUUCUCCCAAGUCUUCAUGAGUCAAAUCCCCCCUCAUCGAUGCAGGCUAUCGGAGCAGAUCGAAAACCUCAUCAAUUCUUCCGCUGAUCUCAAGCUUCUCCUCCCCUUAACGCAAGGUGGUGAUGUGGACCGUUGCAGAGAGUUCGACGUGACCGCCGAGACCUUACUGCAGGCGUUGAACGGUGUCGCUCCGCUCGCGAAUGAGACCUGGACGAAGACGGCCUGUCGAAAUGGAUGGGCUUUCAACAUGUCCGCGACUCCCUCGUCCAUCGUCUCUCAAUUCGAGCUGGUGUGCGACAAGGAUUAUUUUCCGCCUUUGGCUCUGGCCCUGUUCAAUGCCGGCUCCUUCUUCGGCAUCGCCCUCUUCGGGUUCAUCAGUGACUGGUACGGGAGGCGAAAGGCGUUUUUCCUCUGUCUCCUCGUGGAAGUGGUGGCGGGAUUCGGGACGGGGAUUUCCCCCAAUUUCACCGCUUUCUGCAUUGCCAGGUUCAUGGUCGGACUCACGAUUCCGGCCAUCUGGCAAAUACCAUUCAUCAUCGGUCUGGAGUUUGUAGGUGCGAAAAACCGGGGUUUCGUCACGGUCUUCACAUGUUUCUGGUUCACGCUGGGUCUGCUGAUGCUGGGCGGAAUGGCCUUCCUCUCCCAGGACUGGAAGAUCCUUUCCUACGUCACGGCCGCUCCUCUCAUCCCCUUCUUCCUCGGUUACUGGUUCCUGCCAGAAUCGCCUCGGUGGAACCUGCGGCAGGGGAACGUGGACGAGGCCAUCGAGACCCUCAGGAAAAUCGGAGAGGUCAACGGGAAGGCUCUCACCGAACGGGUCACGAGCAGACUCAAGGUACGA